GAUUCAGUUUUAGGUAAUAACCACAUGAAAGAAGAAAAUUAUGCUGCUGCAGUGGAUUGUUACACUCAGGCAAUAGAACUGGAUCCCAAUAAUGCAGUUUAUUAUUGCAACAGGGCUGCUGCUCAGAGCAAAUUAAGUCACUACACAGAUGCAAUUAAGGACUGCGAGAAAGCAAUAGCAAUUGAUUCAAAAUACAGCAAAGCUUAUGGAAGGAUGGGGCUGGCCCUCACUGCCAUGAAUAAAUUUGAAGAAGCAGUUACAAGUUAUCAAAAGGCAUUAGACCUUGAUCCUGAAAACGAUUCCUAUAAGUCAAAUCUGAAAAUAGCAGAACAGAAGUUAAGAGAGGUAUCUAGUCCUACAGGAACUGGGUUGAGCUUUGACAUGGCUAGCUUGAUAAAUAAUCCAGCAUUCAUCACUAUGGCUGCAAGUUUAAUGCAGAACCCUCAAGUUCAACAGCUAAUGUCAGGAAUGAUGACAAAUGCAAUUGGGGGACCCGCUGCUGGAGUUGGGGGCCUAACGGACCUAUCUAGCCUCAUUCAAGCGGGACAGCAGUUUGCUCAGCAGAUACAACAACAGAAUCCUGAACUUAUAGAGCAACUGAGAAAUCACAUCCGGAGCAGAUCAUUCAGCAGCAGCACCGAUGAACAUUCCUGACUUGAUGGGGACCCUUGCCCACAGUGGAAGUGGCUUAUGGCUCUGACAUGUCCACUGUAGAAAAUAACCAAAAUCAAAAUAACAAAAAAGCACCAUAUACAAUAUCUGAAAAUAACAGAGGAAAACCUCUUGUACAUAUUCUGAGAGAAUACAUCUGUUUAGACAAUAGGUUUAUCACAAACAGACUUGAACAUAAUACAGCUCCUUUGGAAACAAAUUCAGUAGCCUUGUUAUGUGUUAAUACAGCACUGGGCCAGGGUCCAUCCAUUUUAAAACUUUUAUCAUUAUUUGUAUGUUAGACUUAGAAGCAGAGUAUAUUUAUUGAACAGUUGGGCUAUUUAUUUAUUGGAGAGUUCUUUAGCUAGAGGUUCCCUUAGACAAAGUUUUUGAGAGAAGGGAUGACUUAAUGGAAAGAUUUUCCAUGCUGGCUUAGAAGAAAUGUACUUGGCACUGAGCAGCAUUUCAGGAGAGAAGAAACUUACUAUCUAGGUUUAGCUUUGGUAGGUAAUAUUAUCAGUGGCAAGUGUAUAUCAUGGGUACCUGUACUAUCUUUAAGACAGCUUGUUCUGAUAAGUGACAGGGACUCCUAAGAACUGGUAGAAAGUAAUGUUUGGUGCAAGGGAUAUUUUGAAGAAGAAAAAAUAGAUACUGUGAAUGUACAGAAAGCAAAGAUAGUAUGCUCAGGUUUUCUGCAUAGUUUUUAAACUAAUCUCGUCUGUAGUUUAGUAUUGAUAACAUUAGCAUGGCCAGUUAAGUACAUAAUGGAAUACACUUAGAAAUCCUUAAUGGUACUGGUUAGGUCAGUGAUAUCACUGCUCAAUUUAAUUAUCAUAAAUUAAUUGUCACAAUUUCUCUGGUGGUGAACUUACCUCAGAAAUUAUCAAGUAUAGUUACAUUUAAAUAAGUCAAUGACUUGACCCCAAGUUAUGGAUUUUCUAAGUGGAAUUUAAUUAUGUGCCCAUAAACACUGAUUUUUUUAACUUAGCAUUAUUU